GAAUAAUUUUGAUAAAUAAUAUUAUAAAUAAAUAAAAAAGUGUUAAUUUGAUUUAAAUAUUGUGUAUAAAUAUAAGGAUAAAUGUUUCCGUUAUUAUAAUUAAGGAUAACUAUAAAUCAACAAAAUGAAGUUGAGCGUGGAAGGCCUAAUCGUAUACUUUCCAUACGAUUACAUUUAUCCUGAACAGUAUGCUUAUAUGUUGGAACUUAAAAGAGGCCUGGAUGCCAAGGGUCAUUGUCUAUUAGAAAUGCCUUCAGGAACAGGCAAAACAACAACUCUGCUAUCUUUAAUCGUGGCUUAUAUGAUUGAAAACCCACAUUCUGUAAGAAAAUUAAUAUAUUGUUCUCGAACUGUUCCUGAAAUUGAAAAGGUUGUACAAGAAUUGAAGAAUCUUUUUGAGUAUUAUGAAAGUUGUACCAAAGAAACUUUGAAUUUUACUGGAUUGGUUUUGAGCUCUAGGAAGAAUUUGUGUAUACAUCCUGAGGUUAGUAAAGAACGUGAAGGUAAAAUAGUCGAUGGAAGAUGCCAUUCAUUAACAGCAAGUUAUGUUCGUGAUAGACAUAAUGUUGAUGAAAAUACACCUAUAUGUGAUUACUAUGAAGGUUUCAGUCUUGAAGGAAAAGAGUCUCAAUUGCCGAAUGGAGUUUAUAGUUUAGAUGAUCUCAAACAAUAUGGACAGAAUAAGAGCUGGUGUCCAUAUUUUUUAGCUAGAUUUGCGAUAUUGCAUGCUCAAAUAGUCGUAUACAGUUACCAUUAUCUGCUAGAUCCAAAAAUUGCUGAUGUCGUCUCGAAAGAACUUGCUAAAGAAUCUGUUGUAGUUUUUGAUGAAGCUCAUAACAUAGAUAAUGUUUGUAUCGAUUCUAUGAGUGUUAGAAUAAAUCGAAGAACUAUUGAAAGGAGUACGGCCAGUUUGCAAAUUUUGGAGAAGACAAUUGCAGAAAUGCGUGAAGAUGAUGCAAAAAGACUGACCGAUGAAUAUCAGAGAUUAGUGCAGGGUUUAAAAGAUGCAAGUGUUGCUCGAGAGACUGAUUUGGUUUUAAGUAAUCCUGUACUGCCGGACGAAAUUCUCAAAGAAGUAGUACCUGGAAACAUAAGAAACGCAGAACAUUUCGUAGGAUUCUUAAAAAGAUUCGUCGAAUACAUCAAAACCAGGCUUCGGGUGCAGCAUGUCGUGCAGGAAUCACCAGCAGGUUUUCUCAAAGACAUCCAGUCAAAAGUAUGCAUCGAACGAAAGCCUUUGAGAUUUUGUGCAGAAAGACUCGCUUCUCUGCUUCGGACUCUGGAAGUAACUGAUAUGACUGAUUUUGGAGCCCUGGUGUUGAUCACACAUUUAGCUACGUUAGUCUCAACGUAUACACAUGGAUUUACUAUUAUUGUUGAACCGUUCGAUGAUAAGACUCCGAAUGUUUCGAACCCGAUUUUAUAUUUCAGGUAA